AUGUCCGGUGAUUGUUGCAGACUCCCUCCCGUUCAAGCUGAAUACACAGCUAAGGGAACUUACACCACUAUUGGUGAUUUGAAGACUUACGCUGUCGGUCCCGAAGACGCCAAAAUCGCCGUCGUGAUCGUAUAUGAUAUCUUUGGUUUCAGUCCUCAGGCCACGCAGGGUGCCGAUUUACUUGCUUCUCAAGGAUACAGAGUCUUAUUACCUGACUUCUUACUCGGCAAAUAUGCUGAUGGAGCGAUGUUUGCACCUGGAGGUGAAGAAAAAAGAGCAAAGUUCUUCUCCGCAUUCCCAGGUGCUAUCUCAACUCAAUACGAACCUCUUGCUAAAUUCGUUCAAUCGAUCAGAGAACCUGGUACAUUCGAAAAAGUAGCCGCUGUAGGAUGCUGUUGGGGAUAUAAAGUCGUUGCUGGAUCCAAUAAGAAUGCUGGUGUAGAUGCUAUCAUUGGUACUUCUCCAUCAUUCGCAGCUCCAGAAGAUGCUGAAAACAUCAAUGUCCCCCUUCUCCUACUCCCCUCAGGCGGUGAAGAUAUGGAAGUUAUGAGCGCUAUCAUCAAAUCGGUAGAUCAGAAAAAUCCAGGCAAAAACUUCUUGAAGCAUUAUUCAGAUAUGCCCCAUGGAUGGAUGGCUGCUCGUGGUGAUCUUUCCGGUGGUAAAGCUACCGAUGCUUACGCUGAUGGAUAUAACGUCGUCGCUAAAUUCAUUAAAGACACUUUUUAA